AAAAAUGAUGGCAAGAACAUCACCAGACUGACCACAAUCCCCACACUAUCCCAUCUAACCCCUUCCCAUGUAUACUCACAUUUGUUGACAGUGAAAAUAUUUGAUGUGGUAGGCCUAGUUAGAUCAAAGCACAGGAGUCCUGUACAACUGGCCUUGCAGCUAAUGUUGUUGCUAAGAACUGCUUUCUCAUUCUUGUUGCUUGUUCUAUCACAGAUGCCUUCCUUGAAGAGCUCCAAUGAUUGGACUUUAUCAGAGUUAUUUGGGCAGAAGAGGUUGUUAGGACUUGGAGCUGUGAUGAUUUGGCUUGUCCUCUUCCAUCUCCUUGUGAAUGUUUGGCUUCUCUGCAUCUUCACCAGUUUCUUAGUGGUCCUCGGGGGUUGGUUUGGGUCUCGGGCUGUACUGAAUGCAAACAGUCUUCUCCACCUGGAACAUUUUUUGCCUAUUGGUGCAAUAAAUCCACCGCCGUUUUUACCUGAACAUGAGUGGAGGUUGAACCAUGAGAUCCACAGCGCUGUCCACAAAGCAGUGCGGGACUUUGUGUCUUCAUGGUAUCGUACUCUGCUGCCAGAGGUGGAAGGGGAGUUUGAAUGUGCAGUGCGUAAUACAAUGCUAGACUCAGUGAUGGAGCUGAAGGCGCGUGCACGGUGUGUGGACAGAAAGGCUCUGGUCCAACACCUGCUUGAACUCUAUGGCUCUCACCUGCAGAGCUACAUGACUGCAAGACAGGUGCAGUCAUCACAGAGGGAGGCCAUUAGCCUCUGGCAGAUCUACAGUGAAGUAGAUGCUCCUCACCCAGCUAUGAUCAGUGAAGCUGCUGAGCUCAGCUACUCAAGAGCUCUUGUUAACCUUGUCUUACACGUGCUUGUCCCAUACCCUCAGAUGGAAACCAGGACUGGAGGUUAUAUGGUAACAGAACUCAUCACCUGUAAUGUGUUGUUACCACUCAUCAGAAGGGUGUCUGAUCCUGACUGGCUGAACAAAACCAUUGUAGACAUAUUCACCAAGUCCAAAGAGCCACAGGAAAUGGAUGAGAUCCCAACAGCUAAACUGUACAGAUGUCAGGUCCAGCAGGAGUCUUGGACCACCUGCAUGUCACCGUCUUCUUCUGAGCAAGUUGGCCUCACCACCAAAAGCUUGUCUGACCUUGAUGACCAGCAGAGACAAAGCACGAUCUGUGACAGCUCCUUGCAGUGUGGCCCAGUGGGCCUGACAUGUAUGGAAAGUUGUCAUGCAGGUGUACUCACACCAGGCAAAAUGCACUGCUGUUCACUCACAUCUGGCCAGUUAUCUGAUUCCAAAAAGAUUUCAUUGGACUCAUUGAUUCAGUCUGACUCAGAAGAUGACCUGACAGCAGGAUUUUGUGACUGUGGUCAUCCAAAAAACUUGUGUCACAUGAGCAAAUUAAAUGAGGUUGAGGCCCUCUGCUGCUCAAGUCCUCUGAAAAAUCUUGGGCUGAAGGUGUUCAUAUCUGAAGACUCCCAGUGGCCUGCAGGAAUGGCCCAAGAGAAAUCCCCAUCUUGUUCCCCAGGAAGAGUUUGUCAAAACUCGUACAACUUAUACACUCCCAACAUCCAAGCUUCACCUGUGCAUAUCCAGAAUGUACAUAUUUCAGGUUCUGUCACUGCAAAAGAGCAACGUGGCAGUGGCACAUAUCCUUAUACUCUCUACACUGUCAAGUUUGAGACAGUGUCUGAAGCAGAAUAUUGCACAACUCUGGAGCCUGCAGCCUGUCACUCUGUCAGCCGCAGAUACAAUGAGUUCCUCAACUUACAAACACGUUUAGAGGAGAAGCAUGAAUUUAAAAAACUUAUCAAAAAUAUCAAAGGCCCCAAAAAAUAUUUUCCUGAGCUUCCCUUCGGACAUGCAGACAGCGAGAGGGUUGAGGCUCGUAAAAGCCAGCUGGAUAUGUACCUUAAACAAUUAAGCAGGAUUCCUGAGAUAGCCAACAGUGAGGACAUGCAGGAUUUCCUCGCUGUAAAGAAAGAUGUUUGCACCUAUUUUGGAAGAAAACCUUUUACCAAGUCAAGAAUUGAUAAGAUAAUGGAAAAUGCUUUAGACACAUUGAAGACAGCUUUCCCCUAUGCUGAGCCCCUUAGUCCAACAGAGGACCUUGAGGGAGAUGCAGAUGGAAACAGAAAGUACAGGAGACUUGUAUUCCCAAGCAAAAUUCCCCCAUCUCUCAACAUACUUGACCUGCAUCCUAAAGUCACCUACUGCUUUAGCGAAGGCAGCACUGUCCUCAAUGGCAUGACACUGUCUGGCCUGGAGACCUUCAUCGGAGAGCAGGAAAAACGUUUAUCUUGUCAGAAAGAGAACAAGACAACCAAGCAAUCUGAACAAUCUGACAAAGACAAGCCUUUAGGGAAAACUCACGGGGCAGACACAGCUGUCGCAGAUGUUGCUUUAAAGAUCGUGUGUGUGCUGAUGAAGGACCAGUGGAGUUGGCUGUGCACUGAAAAUAUUCAGAAGACUAUCAGACUGCUCUUUGGUACCUUCAUUGAGAGGUGGUUGGAUGUAGGAGUUGCCCACCUUACUAGUGCCCCCUGCUGGGUGAUUUACCUGCAAGUAUUGCAGGAAGCUGUGUGGCCAGGAGGCAAACUACCUGCUCAACCACAGCCAGAGCGUAGUGCUGCAGAAAGAGCAGAAACUAAAUGGAAAUGUCUUGAGUGUCUAAUGCAGCUGCUCCCAGAUCUCAUUACUGAUAUGCUGGGAAAUGAGUACAGAUGGAGCUUGGAGACUAUGCUGGAAUCGUUACAGGACCAUCAUAUAAACAAGCAUCUGAUCUAUUGCAUCUGUGACCUUCUGCUGGAGUUUCUGAUCCCAGAGUCAUGUGACAAGGGCUUUCAGAUGUGUCUGCUACAGAGCCUGACCAAAGACACAGAGAAGGAAAAUCCUCACUCAUGAUCAGCAUGUGUUAAUAGCCUGAUGACUGGAACCAUCUGAUGGAUGAUGAACAAUACAUACAUGUGGGUUGUUAUGAAUUUGUAACUGUAUCUAUAGUUUCUAGAUUCUGUAGUAUGGCAGCACAGAAAAAGCAGCAGUCCUUACCUGAUUGUUUGGUCCUAAAUGGCUUUCAACAUGUGAUGUCAGUCAUGCUGCUUCACCUUCCAACAGGAAUUUAGAACAAACGUCCAAAAAGAUGACACCUGUAUAUUUCUGAACACAAGGAGGAAAAUGGGGUGAAUGACAAAUAGGCUCAAAGUUAUUGCAUUAGCACCAGGACACAGUUAGCAGUGCAGUUAGCAGUUGUACUGCAUAUAUUGUGACAUUUGGUUCCUAUUUAAGUUGUUACUCCAGUCAGCUGAUGUGUCUGAGGUAUAACUUUUCACAAAACUGCAUAGUUUGGUUUGUAAAACUGUAGCACUAUAACAUUGACAAUAUGUGGCCUUGCUUUUAACUCACUGUUAACUCACUGCAACUAGUUUAGAUGAAUAAAUUGCAGCCAUUAGACCUUUACAGUAA